CCAUGGUGACAUUAACCAUCAUUCUGCUUGUCAGCACAGCUUUUGCUCUGGGAGAUGCUACGAUACGACCCAUGACCCCCUGUGAGCGUGCUAGAUAUGCUGCCACACAUGGCCCAAUUGGAGCCUACAUCCCCAUGUGCGACGCCGCUGGACGAUACACCCCUAAGCAAUGUUCGGGCUCUACAGGUUACUGUUGGUGUGUGACCACUACUGGACAGAAGAUCCAGGGUACGGACACUCCACCAGGCACUGCUAUCAACUGCUAGCAACUGUUCCAAGAUGAAGGGCAUUGGAAUGGAGUCGUUGAAAAGAUGGACAUUUGUCUUUACUGUACUACAGGAACUGAUUCACAUCCCAUUUAAAUACAUGAAGAAAUCCAGAGAUUAAACUGUUGAUUUACUUAC